AUGGCUGCCGUACUGUCCAUCCGCUGUAUUGCACCCGAUGAGUUGCAGCAGAUCGUGGGUCAAAGGGAAUCCCAAGCAUUCGGGACUCUCUGCCCAAAGCCAAUCCCAUACGGCCCAGGCCUCCAGGGAGGACCCACUGCUGCCGCCAGGGGAGUGAACGCCGAAUUGGUGUCUGCCGAGCCUGUCAUCCUGUCCAUGCCACAGGUACGGCUGUCGCCUAGCCGGGGUGAGACUGUGGAUCGCUUUGCCCUUGACACGCCAGACAUAGUAUAG